AUGGCCCCGUUGACGGAAGAUCAGCUACGCGACGAGCAACAGUUUCAUCUCGGCAUCCUGCGCCGCAUGCGCCGAACUGCCGACGCCGAGGACCAGCCCUCGCAGACGCAGUGGGACAUGGCGGCUGAGACGAUUGUGUUAGCAACCAUGAACUCCAUGAGCGACGUCGCCCUCGCCGCUCGCGCAGGCUCGCGCCUCAGCACGCCUGCGCCGUCUGUGGACACCUUCACCGACGAUGGCACUGGCAACAAUCGCCAUAUUCCGCGCUUCAUGCGCCAGCCCAUCACGCCUCCUAGUGUCGCCGAGGCCAUCGCCGAGGCCUUGCCCGGCGUCGCCCUUGACGUUCCAGCUGUGUAUCGUGUGGCUGAGAACGAGUACGGUCUGUGGUGCUGCGAGGCCGCCCACUGUGGUCAUUUCAUUGACCCUGCGCGCUUGCGGGUUGACGAGAUUCAAUUCGUCCGCGCGUUUGCAGCUGGGGAGGCGGCCGUGUCUGUGGACGCGAACGGCUUCGGGCGCAUCUCGAAAGGCAACGCGAAUGCAGCGCGCGCUGCACUUCAACUCUUGGUUUACAACCACUACAACGUCUCUCACCUAUCUGCCCGCGGUCUAAACAUGUUUGUUUCGCCCAUCGUUCGGUGCUCAGACGGUCAGCAUUCCGUAACAUGGGGCUGGAAGACGACUUGGGUUGCUCAUGUCGAGCGCGCCAAGCAAGGAUCAGACGGCGAUAGGCGUCGUCUAGCUCAAGCUCUUCGCCACUGGAUAGCGGAGAAGGGCGCAGCGGCCACUGAGCGACUUCGCCGACCUCUACUUGCUCGUUACCGGCUGUGGGCGCGCUCGGACCGCUUGGAGCGCAAGCGUACUGUGCAGAGGCUCAAGGCAGUCGGCGAGACGGACUACGACGUCGCCUUUCAGCUCCGCACGCACCAGCGCGUCGCUGAUCGAACGGACGAGGCUAUCGAGGUGUUUGACGCUCAUGCGCGCGCGGAAACGCUCAGUGAGGACAUCGCGCGUUUUGAGAACUUUCCGCGUCAACCGUGGCCGCGUGAUCCUCCUCACGGAUGGGAAACUUUGAAGGAAACGCAGCGUCAGGCUAUAAGGGAACUCUGGCUGGCUGCAGACCACAUGGGCCUGGCAGACCUCGAGGAGGUAGUGUACGGGGCCGCGGUUGCCGACGCGGUCGCCGACGACCCAUUCAACGUGAAUUUUUAG